AUGAUCUUGAUUCUCUCCAGUUUUCAUAAUCGGUUGUCUAACAUCACCGAUUUGAUGGAGGGAGGUGUCAGUGAUCAUUUUGUGUCAGCAGAGAAGAUUAUCCUCCGGCAUGAUUCAGGUCUCGGUGAACCUUCGUCCAGGAGCUCUUCGCCAUGGGAAGAGUCGUCUACAGAAGCUGCUGAGUAUUUGGAAGUUGUUGACACGAUUAUCCAGUUAACGGAAGACCUCAAUAUCCAGUCCGAUGCCGAUAGUGAGAUCAUAAAUCGAGCUGAAAACGCGAUCCAGUUAGCUAAGAACCCAUCAAGCUGA